GCCACUGCUCUGAUCUCUCUCAGGAUGGGACACAAAUGUUUCCUUUUCAUAGCUUUCCUCGUCCUCUUCUUACCUACAAUCUCCCAUUCCUGCCCGAGCCGCUGCCUGUGUUUCAGGACCACUGUCCGCUGUAUGCAUUUGAUGCUGGAUCACAUACCCAAAGUAGCACCACAGACUGUUAUUCUGGAUCUGAGAUUUAACCGGAUCAGAACAAUCCCACCUGGAGCCUUCAAGAAGCUGAAAAACCUGAACACAUUAUUGCUAAACAACAAUCAAAUUAAAUGGAUACCAAGAAAAGCCUUUGAGGAGCUGGACAACUUGAGAUACCUUUACCUGUACAAGAACGACAUCCAAACAAUUGACAGGCAAGCGUUUAAAGGGCUCGUUUCACUGGAGCAGCUAUAUAUUCACUUCAACCACAUAGAGAUACUAGAACCAGAAACUUUUAGUGACCUACCCAAACUAGAGCGAUUGUUCUUACACAACAAUAAAUUGUCAAGAAUUCCUGCUGGGACCUUCUCUCAUUUGGAUUCACUAAAGAGACUUCGUUUAGAUUCCAAUGGCCUGGUCUGUGACUGCGAGCUGAUGUGGUUGGCAGAACUGCUUAAGAACUAUGCCCAGAAUAGCCAAACCCAAGCUGCAGCAACUUGCGAAUAUCCCAGGAAACUGCAGGGCAGAUCAGUUGCCUCGGUAACAACAGAAGAGUUUAACUGUGAGAGGCCCCGCAUUACUUCAGAGCCCCGGGAUGUGGAUGUGACCUUAGGAAACACAGUCUACUUUACCUGCAGAGCUGAGGGUAAUCCUAAGCCGAAAAUUGUAUGGCUGCACAACAACAAUGAAUUACACAUGAAGAAUGACAUCCGUCUUAAUUUACUGGAUGACGGUACAUUGAUGAUCCAGAAUACACAGGAAUCUGACCAGGGGACCUACCAAUGUAUGGCCAAAAACGUGGCUGGGGAGGCCAAAACCCAGGGUGUUUUACUUCGAUAUUUUGGCAGCCCAACUAAGCCCAGCUUUGUGAUUCAACCGCAAAACACUGAGGUUCUUAUCGGGGCAAGUAUCACCCUGGAGUGCAGUGCCACUGGACAUCCCCAGCCGCGAAUUACCUGGACUAAAGGGAAUGGAGAAUCACUCUCACCCCACUCCAGAUAUACCACAACGUCUUCAGGCGGGCUUUUUAUUCAGAACGUUACUCUGCAGGAACACGGUCAGUUCAUCUGCCAUGCUAACAACAAUCAAGAUUCCAUCCAAGCAUCAGCUCACAUCAUUGUACAGGCCCCCCCGAGAUUUACAGUCACUCCUAUGGACCAGGUCAUAAUAGAGGGGCAUACGGUAGACUUUGACUGUGCAGCUGAAGGCAAUCCAACCCCAGUCAUUGCUUGGACAAAAGCAGGAGGACAGCUCCCCAAUGACAGAAGACAUUCGGUCUUGCCCACCGGAACCUUACGGAUUGUUCGAGUAGCCCCUCAUGACCAAGGCCAAUAUGAGUGUCAGGCUAUCAAUGUGGUGCAGGUUAAACGAGCAUCUGUCCAGUUAACGAUACAGCCCAAAGUGAUACCAGUGUUUACCACUGUGCCACGGGAUAUUAGCGCAGAUGUUGGUCAGGAUGUGGAGAUACCCUGCAGUGCUCAAGGAGAACCUCACCCCACCGUUACUUGGACUAAGGAUGGAGUUCAGAUUACAGAAAGUGGAAAAUUCCAUAUUAAUUCCGAGGGUACACUGGGUAUCAGGGACAUUGGCCAGGCGGACCAAGGGAGGUAUGAGUGUGCUGCAAGGAAUACAAUUGGCCAGGCAACGACAAAUAUGCUGUUGUCCGUGACGGUUCCAGAGAGGGUCCGGACCGGUGACAACUUUGUUGAGUCUUCCAUUCGUGAAGCUAUCAAUAGCGUUGACAAUGCAAUCAACUCCACGCGCAGGAACUUGUUUGACAAACGCCCACUGAGUCCGAAUGACCUGCUAGCUUUAUUCCGCUAUCCUCGGGAUCCCUUCACUGUGGAAACUGCAAGAGCAGGAGAGAUCUUUGAGCGGACUCUACAACUGAUUCAGAACCACGUCAAGAGAGGCCUAAAUGUGAACUUCAAUGGGAUAGAUUUCCGUUACAAUGACCUGGUUUCCCCACGUUAUCUUGACUUAAUCGCCAAUCUUUCUGGGUGCACGGCUCACAGACGCUUCCCAAACUGCUCAGACAUCUGCUUCCACCAAAAGUAUCGAACCCACGAUGGCACGUGUAACAACCUCCAGCAUUCCAUGUGGGGGGCGUCACUGACCGCAUUCCAGAGAAUUCUCAAACCCGUCUAUGAAAAUGGCUUCAGCCUUCCUCGGGGAACAGAACCCAACCGCUUGUACAAUGGUUACCGCCUCCCUCUACCUCGCCUUGUUUCAACAGCAAUGGUUGGCACAGAGACCAUAACGCCAGAUGACCGAUUUACACACAUUCUGAUGCAAUGGGGCCAAUUCUUGGACCAUGACUUGGACCUGACGGUGCCUGCUCUCAGUAUGUCACGUUUUUCAGAUGGUCAGCCUUGCAGCUCUGUGUGCAGCAAUGAUCCCCCCUGUUUCCCCAUAAUGGUUCCGAAAAAUGACCCACGGGUAAGGAACGCGAGGUGCAUGUUUUUUGUUCGCUCCAGUCCGGUUUGUGGGAGUGGCAUGACUUCCUUGCUAAUGAAGAGUGUAUAUGCCAGAGAGCAGAUCAAUCACCUAUCAUCGUACAUAGAUGCGUCAAAUGUCUAUGGCAGCACAAAGCACGAAUCCAGGGAACUCAGAGACCUUACAAAUCAGCGUGGCCUGUUAAAGAGAGGCGAGGUCGUACCAAGGUCUGGUAAACACCUAUUGCCUUUUGCCACCGGCGGACCCACAGAGUGCAUGAGGGAUGAGAACGAAAGCCCUAUCCCCUGCUUCCUUACGGGGGAUCAUAGAGCCAAUGAACAGAUCGCCCUGACCGCCAUACACACCUUAUGGUUCCGUGAGCAUAAUCGCAUUGCCACAGAACUGCGGAUACUGAACCCUCACUGGGAUGGCGACACUAUCUACCAUGAGGCUCGGAAAAUAGUCGGAGCGCAGAUGCAGCACAUCACAUACAACCACUGGCUUCCCAAAAUCCUUGGUGAUGUAGGAAUGAAAAUGAUGGGAGAUUAUAAGGGCUACAACCCAAAUGUGAACAGUGCUAUCUUGAAUGCUUUCGCCACAGCAGCUUUUCGGUUCGGUCACACAAUGAUUAAUCCUAUUCUCCAUCGACUAAAUGAGUCUUUUCAGCCAAUUCCAGAAGGACAUCUUCCACUCCACAAAGCUUUCUUCUCUCCAUUUAGGCUUGUACAAGAGGGUGGCAUUGAUCCGCUGCUCCGUGGCCUCUACGCCAUUUCUGGGAAAAUGAGGGUCCCAUCAGAGCUUCUCAACUUGGAAUUGACCGAGAGGCUUUUUUCCAUGGCCCAUACUGUAGCUUUGGAUUUGGCAGCAAUGAACAUCCAGAGAGGACGUGAUCAUGGGAUCCCUGCCUACACUGACUACAGGGUUUACUGUAAUAUGAGUUCCAUCCAAGAGUUUGAGGACCUAAAGAAUGAAAUCAAGAGCCCAGAAGUUAGAGCUAAACUCAAGAGGCUGUAUGGCACACCACAGAAUAUUGAUCUCUGGCCUGCCCUGAUGGUAGAAGAUAUAAUUCCUGGUACACGAGUGGGUCCUACCCUCAUGUGUCUGUUUGUCACUCAGUUUAAGCGGCUGAGGGAUGGUGACAGGUUCUGGUAUGACAAUCCCGGUGUGUUUACCCCAGCCCAGGUCACACAGUUGAAGCAGAGCUCUCUUGCUGAUGUGCUCUGCAACAAUGGUGACAAUAUUCAGCAAGUCCAACCAGAUGUCUUUUUGAAAGCCGACUAUCCUCAUGGAUACGUGAGGUGCGAUGAAAUCCCAAGGAUCGAUUUGCGAAUGUGGCAAGAUUGUUGUGAAGAUUGUAGAACUCGAGGACAGUUCAGUGCGCUUUCACGCCAGUUCCGAAACAAACGAUCAGCAGAAUUCAGUUAUCCGGAAGAAAGGCACAGAAGAGAAGCCAAAGUGGUGCCUGGUGAGAAGAAAUGGAGAUACAAACAAGACUUGAGUGAGUUAGCAAACGCAACAAAUUUUCAGCAGAAUGUGGAUGAGACUCCUCAGGAUUUCAACAGCUUUGUGACUGAAAUGCAGAAGACCAUCUCGUCCCUUCGCAAGCAGAUCAACAAACUGGAAGCCCGUCUGAAACAGGAUGGCUGUAUAGAUGAAAAGGGAAAACACAUGAAUGAAAAUGAUCACUGGAAAAAGGAAGACUGUACUACCUGUUACUGUAAGAAUGGCCAGGUGACUUGCUAUGUAGAGACAUGUCCUCCGCUGGAGUGCACCAAACCAACCACAAAGAAAGGGAGGUGCUGUCCUACCUGCGUGAAGCCAGAAAGCAGAAAAUAAUCUUCAGGUGCAGCUCUGAAACAAAAACUGUUCCUUGCGUAAAAAAGAAAAAAUAGUUUCACAACUUCUUGCAUCGUCUACUGAUGUCUGGAUAACAAACAAAAAGAUGUUUCAGGUCACUAAAAGUGGGUGUGAUCACCCCUGGCUCUCUGCACUGCUUCUGUUAUCGAUUUAAGCAAUAUCAUCUGAUGCUGUGUUUACACUACAGGGAGCAAUGUCACUCCUCUGCCUGGCAAUAUUACUUAGCAAAUGUGAAGGACCACAAAUUGGGUGUUUAUUUUUAAUGUUAUUAUCGAGGAGGUCACCUGAUUAACUCCUUAAUAAAACUAAACUUGAUUUGUUGUGGCUUUGAAAGGGGGAAAUAAAUGAAAUAAGUGAAAUCCACAGCCACCGCAUUUAUCCUGCGAUAAGAAUGGAACUCUUCCCUCCUGGAAACAUGUCCUCAAAAGUUAUGUCGGGAGCAAGGCUUCAGCUGCCUCAGAACCUUUAAUAUUGAGUAUUUGAUUCGCUGACAACAUUGUGACAUUUCACUGCAGGGUAAACGCAGCAUGAGAAAAAAAAGUCAGUUUAUGACAGUUUCCUCAAAGUACUACGUGACCUGCAGUAAGGAAUUAAGGAACUGAACUACUUGAUGUUCAAAAAUUAAACUACUCACAUUGCAAGACAGUCAUGAUUUGUCUGGAAAAUAACACUUGUAUCCAUUGUUCUUUCAUCACGAUAUUUCCUUGUACACUAUUAUCAUUUCAAAACGCAUUGCUAGCACAUAUUACUUACUAUACACUAUACUGUUAUGUUCUGCAUUUCGUUAAAAUUAAUUUAUUUGAAGCAGUGAUAAACAUCAGAAAAGUGAAUUUUUCUCAUACACAUGUAUUGUCUAAAGACUAUUUGGCAUUUCUGGUCAUUGGUCGAUGGCUGUUUGUGAGACAUUGCUGCACGCAAAUUGGCUGCCGCUUUCA